GAUAAAGAAUUAAAUAAAGAAACUAUUUCAUGUCAAAAUCUUAUAAGACAUAGAAUUUUACAUUUUUAUCUUGACUUGUUAGCAUAUGUAACAGUAAAUUUGGUAUAUGAAGAAAUAUUUAAACAACCAACCUCUGUCUUACGCUCUAGAAUACAAAUGAAUAAUAUUAGUGAAGGUGUCACGGCUACUGGCCUUACUCGAGAGAACUUACAAGCUAUAUUUGCUAACGUUCAAGCUAUGCAAGCCCGUGGUGAAUCUAAUAAACAACUUUCAGCCUUGAAAUAUCAGAUAUUGGCCUUUAAACUAAUAUCUCAUAAUUUAGAAGUCCCAGCACCCUUACAACAAGCAAUGUUCUCUCCUGGACAAUCUCAGGGUUUAUCUACUCAAGAUUUGUUGGCGGGGACUCCUUUAGCUGGAAAAAUUGUUGAAGCAUCAUAUAAUCAUCAUUCACGGGCAUCACCUGGUCCAACAACAGAGGCAGUAUCUUCCACUCAAGCAUCAGCAUCAAGUUCAACACCCGCUUAUAACUCUUAUACAAAUCCUUUAACUUAUAUAAAACCAGUCAAUACUUAUUCACAUGCAUCCCGUCAACAAAGAAUGUUAAUACCAGCAAUAAUGCCAAUUGGUUUAGAUCCAAAUGAAAUAGCAGCAGAACGUGAACGUCAAUUAAAGGCUCGUGCUCAGCAAAGGAUCCACGAACUUGAAUAUAUAAUUGAAGGAGGAUUUUAUCAAAAUCCUAGUGAAAAAAUGAAAAUAUUAAUUAAAUUGAAAGCAUUGAAAGUAUUACCAAUGCAAACAAAGGCAAGUCAACCAUGGUUACGUCAAGAAGUUAUUAAAGGUGUGUCAAAAUCUACAACAUUGGUUACAUCUACAAAUCGUACUAGCUAUAAAAGGAUGAAAAAACCGUCGAUGCGUGAUGCUAGAAUUACAGAUAGACUUGAAAAACAACAACGUGAAGAUAGACAACGUCGUAAAAAGCAAACACAUUUAGAUUUAAUGCAGAGUUAUUGUAUCCAUGGACGUGAUAUGAUUCUAUGGCAUCGUUCAAGUCAACAGAAGCAACUUAAAUUUGGUCGUGCAGUUGUAAGUUUCCAUUCGCAAGUUGAAAAGGAAGAACAGAAGAGAUUGGAACGCUUAUCUAAAGAACGUUUAAGAGCUCUGAAAAAUGAUGAUGAAGAGGCUUACUUGAAACUCAUUGAUAAAGUUAAGGAUACAAGAAUUACACAUCUAUUAAAACAAACGGAUCAAUACCUAGAUUCUUUAGCCCAAGCUGUUGUCGCACAACAACGCGAUGACUUGCACAAUGAUCCUACUGUAAGGGGUGGCAUUGAAUUGAUGGAUGAAGAUGAUGACAUGGUUGAGGACGAAAAUAUAACAAUUGUGAAUGGGAAAAAGGUUGAUUAUUACGCUGUUGCUCAUAGAAUCAAAGAAGAAGUUGAACAACCAUCUAUGAUGAUUGGCGGAAGUUUGAAAGAUUACCAGGUCAAAGGAUUGCAAUGGAUGGUAUCAUUGUAUAACAACCGAUUGAACGGCAUCCUUGCCGAUGAAAUGGGUCUCGGUAAAACAAUUCAAACCAUAUCUUUGAUUACAUACUUAAUAGAAAGAAAAAGGCAAAAUGGCCCAUUUUUGAUUGUAGUACCAUUAUCUACAUUAACAAAUUGGACGAUUGAGUUCGAUAAGUGGGCCCCGGCUGUAAGAAAAUGUGUCUACAAGGGUGCACCUAAUACGCGUAAAGAACUUCAACAACAGUUUAUUAAACAUGUUGAUUUUCAAGUUCUUCUAACAACAUACGAAUAUAUCAUAAAAGACAAAUCUAUAUUAAGUAAAUUACGAUGGGUAUAUGUAAUUAUUGAUGAAGGUCACCGUAUGAAAAAUACAAAGUCGAAAUUAUCCCUAAUAUUAACAAACAAUUAUCAAUGUCGUUAUCGGUUAAUUCUUACGGGAACUCCAUUACAAAAUAACCUACCAGAGUUAUGGUCGUUGUUGAAUUUUAUUUUACCGAGGAUCUUUGAUUCCGUAAAAAGUUUUGACGAAUGGUUCAAUACACCAUUUGCAAAUGCCGCGGGGCAAGAUAAAAUAGCACUUAACGAAGAAGAAUCAUUACUUAUUAUUCGACGUUUACAUAAGGUUCUGAGACCGUUCUUAUUGCGUAGAUUGAAGAAAGAUGUUGAAUCAGAAUUACCUGAUAAAGUAGAGACGGUAAUUAAAUGCAGGCUUUCAGCGCUACAAUUAAAGCUUUACAGUCAAAUGAAAAGACAUGGUGUAUUGUUUGUUAAUACUGGAGAAAAAGGGAAAACUGGGAUUAAAGGUCUCAACAAUACUAUCAUGCAAUUGAGAAAGAUUUGUAAUCAUCCCUUUGUUUUUGAAGAAGUUGAAAAAGAUAUAAAUCCGGGAAACACCAAUAGUUCUUUAUUAUAUCGAGUAUCUGGAAAAUUUGAACUAUUAGAUCGUAUACUGCCAAAACUUUUUGCCACAAGACACAGAGUCUUGAUUUUUUUUCAAAUGACAGCUAUCAUGACUAUUAUGGAAGAUUUUCUUAAUUGGCGUGGAUUUAAAUAUCUAAGACUGGAUGGUAACACUAAGGCGGAAAGCCGAUCAGAUUUGUUGAAAGCCUUUAAUGCCCCGGAUUCUCCUUAUUUUGUAUUUUUACUUAGUACUCGAGCUGGUGGGUUGGGUCUUAAUUUACAGACAGCUGAUACCGUAAUUAUAUUCGACUCUGACUGGAAUCCACACCAGGAUUUGCAAGCACAAGAUCGUGCACAUCGUAUAGGUCAAACUAGAGAAGUCCGUAUAUUACGGUUGAUCUCACAAAAGUCUAUUGAAGAGACCAUUUUGGCUAGAGCUCAGUACAAAUUAGACAUUGAUGGUAAAGUUAUUCAAGCCGGUAAAUUUGAUAACAAGAGUACAGAAAAUGAACUGGAUAAUGACGAAAUAAAUGACGUAGAAGAUGAUGAUGAAUUAGAUGAUGAAGAGUUAAAUGAGCUUAUAGCUAGUAAUGAUGACGAACUCAACCAAUUUAAACAAAUGGAUCAGGAGAGGGCACAAAGAGAAGAGAUUGAAUGGAAAAAAUCUGGCGGUAAAGGAAAACGGCCAGAUAGAUUAAUAGAAGAAAGUGAAUUGCCACCUGUAUAUAUAAAAGAAUAUGAUACAAUUGUGCGUCAAGAAGAUCCAGGCGUAGAAUAUGGUCGAGGACAAAGACCGAGAGGGUCCGUUCAUUAUGAUGAUGGGUUAACUGAAGAACAAUGGGUUAAUGCUAUCGAAGAUGAAGAUAUUGAUGUCGAAGAUUUAAUUGCUAAGAAGCAAGCAGCUAAGAAGCGACGUUUUGCUAAAAAAUCACAAAAAAUACACACACCAACACAUCCAGAUAUAUCACAUAAUUCAACACCACAUCCAGAUGAAUCCAGCGCUGAUGCAUCUGAAUCUAAAAAGAAACGUGGGCGACCACGAAAAGAUGAAAUGCCUAGUGUUGAUGAUAAUAAUGCGCACGACAUACAAUCUAAGCAAUCUAAAAAAAAAGGAAAGGGGAAACGAAUUGAAAUGAGCGAUUUUGAAACAUUCGAUCAACCAAAAAUGAAAAAGCGAAAACAACUGUCUAAAAAAAUUCAUGAACAACAAACAUCAUCAGAUACAUUAUCCCCUCAUACUCGAGAUCGGAUGAGACGUAUUUUCAAUAGGUGUUACUCUGCGGUUGAGAACUUAAUGGAUGAUACAGAAGGAGAGCCUCCUCGACAACGAGCAUAUCUUUUCCUUACCCUUCCUAGUAAGAAGGAAUACGAUUAUUAUUAUACAGUCAUUAAAAAUCCAAUUGCAAUGGAUACAAUAAAACGUAGAAUCAAGACUAGUUAUUAUCAAUCAGCGGCCCAAUUUCGGGACGAUUGGCAUUUAAUGUUUAAUAAUGCAAGAACAUUUAAUGAAGAAGCAUCAACAGUAUAUAAUGAUGCGGAAAAAAUGCAAGAGGCCUUUGAUAGAACAUUUAAUGAGCUCUGUCCAGGAGGCCAAAUUCCCGCAUCAGGAGAUGAAAUGGAUAUUUAG